AUGAGAAAGUACCAGGAACACUCAAGAAAAACACUCUACACGCGAUAUCAAACACCUGCCGCUUCGCUAUUUACACCACGCAUUGUCACCUCAUCGCCAUUGGAUUCACCCUUCUACUCGGCCUCACAUGGCGUCGUACAAACACAUCCCUCACUGGGCGCCAGCAUACCCAGCCCGCUUCCGUUGAAUGGCAACAGUUUAGGUAGCGGUGGUGUGGUGAAUACGCUCAGCGUUGGCAGUGGUUAUCUUAAUUCGCGUGGCAAUUUGCCCAAAUUCAAUACGGCACGCUAUCCGACCAUUUCGAACACCGUAGUCGAUCCAAAUCCACAGUCCCCAUUCCGUCAUUUAGAUUUCUCCACCAGUGCCACCGCCGAACUGAGACGCAAUCCAACAUUAUCGGCACCAGAUGAGUGUGCGCGCGCCUGUCGUGAAGGUGAACCGCCACGUAUUUGCUACUAUCACUUUACAAUGGAAUUCUACACCGUACUUGGCGCCGCCUGCCAGGUGUGCACACCCAAUGCCACCAACACCGUCUGGAGUCACUGUCAAUGCGUUCUCGCCGAUGGUGUCGAACGUGGUAUACUCACUGUGAAUCGUAUGAUACCCGGCCCCAGUAUACAAGUGUGUGAAAAUGACAAAGUUGUUAUCGAUGUGGAAAAUCAUAUGGAGGGUAUGGAGACCACAAUACAUUGGCACGGCAUCUGGCAGCGAGGUUCACAAUAUUACGAUGGUGUACCAUUCGUAACACAAUGUCCCAUACAGCAGGGCAACACUUUCAGAUACCAAUGGACCGGCAAUGCAGGCACUCACUUCUGGCAUUCUCAUCACGGUCUGCAGAAAUUAGAUGGUAUCUAUGGCAGCAUUGUGGUACGUCAGCCGCCGUCACGGGAUCCCAAUUCACAUUUGUACGACUUCGAUUUGACCACCCACAUAAUGCUAAUUAGCGAUUGGUUGCAUGAGGAUGCCGCCGAACGUUAUCCCGGGCGCUUGGCUGUCAACACUGGUCAAGAUCCCGAAUCGGUGCUCAUCAACGGCAAGGGCCAAUUCCGUGAUCCCAAUACUGGUUUCAUGACAAAUACACCAUUGGAAAUAUUCACCAUCACACCAGGACGUCGCUAUCGUUUCCGUAUGAUUAACGCAUUCGCAUCCGUGUGUCCGGCGCAAGUGACGAUUGAGGGUCAUACAAUGACAGUGAUUGCCACCGAUGGUGAACCAGUGCAACCGGUUGAUGUGAAUACGAUUAUUUCAUUCUCAGGCGAACGCUAUGACUUCAUUAUCAAUGCCAAUCAACCUGUCGGCGCUUACUGGAUACAGGUGCGCGGUCUGGGUGAAUGUGGCAUUCGUCGCGCUCAACAGUUGGGUAUUUUGCGUUAUGCUCGUGGCCCCUAUCAACCAGCAUCGGCUCCACCAACCUAUGAUGUCGGCAUACCACAGGGUGUGGUCAUGAACCCAUUGGACGCCCAAUGUAAUGCGCCAAGAAACGAUGCUGUUUGCGUUAGUCAACUGAAAAGCGCUGUGGAAAUCGAUCGUGGCAUUUUGGCAGAGAAGCCCGACGUCAAGAUCUUCUUGCCAUUCCGUUUCUACGUUUACCGUCCCGAAGAGUUGUUCCAGCCAAACACCUACAAUCGUUAUUUGGUUGCUCCAACUGGUGAUCAUGUCAUCUCGCUGAUCGAUGAGAUUUCGUAUUUGUCACCACCCGCACCACUUACCUCACAAUUCCAUGAAAUCAAUCCGGAACAAUUCUGUAACGGCGAUAAUCGUCCCGCGAAUUGUGGACCAAAUUGUAUGUGUACCCAUAAAAUCGAUAUACCAUUGAAUGCGAUUGUGGAAAUUGUGCUGGUUGAUGAAGUUCAACAACCCAACUUGUCGCAUCCAUUCCAUUUGCACGGCUACAGUUACAGCGUCAUCGGUAUUGGUCGUUCGCCCGACACCAGUGUGAAGAAGAUUAACUUAAAACACGCUUUGGACUUGGAUCGACGCGGUCUGCUGCACCGUCAAUAUAAUUUGCCUCCACAAAAGGAUACGAUACCAGUGCCAAAUAAUGGUUAUGUUGUUUUACGUUUCAGAGCGGACAAUCCCGGUUUCUGGUUCUUCCACUGUCACUUCCUCUUCCACAUAACGAUCGGCAUGAAUCUCAUAUUGCAAGUUGGUACAAAUGCCGAUUUGCCACCAGUGCCACCAGGUUUUCCAACGUGUGGCGAUCACAAGGCGCCCAUACCGAUUAACUAACAACAUAAACUAACCUAAAAAGGUGCCAAAUUCUUUCUAGACUUCUUCUAGCAUAUAGAAAAUGAAAGGAAAAUAUAGUAAAAAUAUUAAUAUGUAUAAACAAGCCACAAAAGAGAUGAUAAAUAAUGUACUUUGUACAAAGUAUAAGAACCUCGAAAAGUAAAGCGGAAAAAGGCACAGUUUUCGUUAAAAAAUGUAAAGCAAAAACAGCAAAAGAAAAAGAAUAAUAAUAAUUAAAAACAGAAGCUUUAGAAGAAAAUAGCUAAAUAUGACAGAUUGGUAAAAAAUAAUGCGUAAUAACCGAAAUACGGACUUCAAUGAGAAAGCUUCCGAAAGCUCAAAAAAUCAACAAAUAAUUGAAGCGAAUAAAAUUAAAAGCACAAUUUAAUUGCCUCGUACCUAUGUACUUGAGCGAGCAACAAAUUUCUAAUCUACAAACAACCAUUUACGAGCAACAACAACAAAAGUAACCAUAUUGUGCUUUUAUGAGCUUUACUAAUGCACAAGAAUUCCCAACAUAAGACUUGCGUAACACGCACACAAAUACACUUUAGAGCUGAAUGACAGGCAUACGUACACACACACACACAUACCCAGGGGAAAAGCGAUCGCGAGUGGGAGAAGUGAAACGAACGAGGCCCCUUGCAUUAAAACGGAGAAGGGAUGUGAAAGCGGGAUAAGAGAGCGAUUUGAGCGAGCGCGACGAUGAUUUGUGCGCAGCAGUCAUAAAUACAAACUGUAUGAUAAAUAUUAUUAUUUUGUUUUUGUUUUUUUUUCUUCCUAUACCUAUACACCAAACCUACACCCAGCUUAUGCUGCUACUUUUUGUAAUUAUUUCCACUUCCGUUUUUAUUUAGUUUUUACAUAUGUUUUUAAGCUUAAAGAUGACUGUAAAAUAAUUAAGUUGCUUCAUUUUUUAUUUGUAUUUUCUAGUACCUUCUUCUCUAAACAAAUUCUUUCCAUAUCCUUUACCUGCUCUCUUGCCUUUGAUUUGUUGUCAAUUAUUUAAUGUUUCCUUUUGUUUUAAUAAAUGUAGUGCUUAAAUGUAAAAAAGAAAAAAGAAUUCAAUAUGGAUGUAAAAACUUUGUUUUUUUAUAUAUAAAUAAGUCUACAAUUUUUUUUUUAUUCAUGUGUAUGUAGAACACCGAAAGCUACCAUUGAAACUGAUAGCGAUACUAGAGCCGAAAUUGUUCAGAAAACUUUCACAAUGUGCUUUCUUUGAAUUUCAGUUUCGCACUAGACUUCUAAAUAUCUAAGUUACGCCCGCAACAUUGCUACGGCGCCAAUAAAUAUGCAAUAAUAACAUGCACACAUAUGGAAAUAGUAUUAAAAGUAUGCACCUAAACCUAUGGGCGUAUGCAAAUACUUAUAGAAAUAAGUAUGUGCAUACUCAGGUUAACAAGCAUACAUACAUGCAUACUCACAUAUACAAUAUAACCAAAUAAUUAUAGACGUGUUUGUAAAAUAUUUACACCGACUGUAUGUACCUGGAGAGAUGCUUAGAUGGGAGUAUCGCUAAAUCCGGUACCAUCGCCAAAAAAAAAUAGCAAUGACACAACAGCAAAGCACCAAGUUAUUCUUACAUAAAUAUUUGCUUAAUAUUAUAAAUUUAAAAGAAUUCAACAAAAUCUUUGUA